CGUUAAAUUGUCGCAAUGUGACAAACUAGGCAUCCGAGAUACUACGCAUUCAACUCAACUGACUGAAAACAUUGCAGUUGUCAAGCACCGACAGUGAUAUUACAAUUCCGCCGUCGAGAGAAUCUUUGGUCGAGCUCUGCCAAGAGGCAGUGAAAGUAUUUACAGAGAGACGGUUGGUGAAAAUUGGAAUUUAUUUCAAGCAGGGGGAAUUAGUUUGGGACGGAACGGAAGUAGUCCCGUCGAUUCUGAUGUUUCGUGUACAUCAACAAUUCACAGGCGUUUAGUUCCACGUGUUUUUGGGGAAACCCUUGUAGGUUACACGAGUUUGCUGUUUGCUUUUACCUCAGGUUCGGCAUUAUCAUAAUAGUGACAGUUGGACUACUAUGACAGGACAGGACCGUUCGUAGCAUGUCGGAGCACCGUUGUCAUCUCUCCUUCAUCACGGCUGCCGACUGCCCACUCGAACUGCACGACCGCUCGGAGGUUGGAGAUGACGGGCUAGCGGACCGCUCGGAGGUUGGAGAUGACUGGUUAGCGGACCGCUCGGAGGUGGAGGUCCUGCCCGACGGCAUGGCGGAGCGCUCGGUGGGGCUGGUGGACUGCUCGGAUGAGAUCCUGCUCAACAUUUUGCUGCACGUGCCACCUCAGGACCUGCUGCUGAACGUAGCUCGCGUGUCCAAGCGACUGCACGCGCUCAGUAGGGACAGGAGUCUCACCAGCCACAUCAGUCUCUCAGAACAAUACACAGUGUGUGACGAGCAUGUCCGCUCUCUGCUGCGCUGCGUGCGUCCUCAGCUGCUCUCCCUGGACCUGGCCGGUUGCUACUGGCUGUCGUCGGCGUGCGUCUCCGAGGCGUGGGCGUGCGGGCAGCUGCGGCGGCUGGACGUGUCGGGGUGCCCGAUGCCCGCGGGGCGCCUGGCCAAGCUGCUGUCCGGCCUGGCACAGCUGACGGAGCUGGCACUGGACGUGGGGGGGAGGGGCUUGGACCUGCGGGCGCUGAGUGCCGAGGCGCGGGCGACGCUGGCGAGGCUACGCGUGCUGACCCAGACGCUGCUGGUGCCCUCGUACGGCGUGCUGCCCCUGUGCCCCCAGCUCACCCGGCUGCAGCUGCGUCUGGAGGUGGCGGGCACAGGAGCGGGCAUGGGAGCGGGCACACCAGGAGAGGGUGGCGUGGAGCUGGCGGUGGGCCAGAGCAGCGUGCCGCACUACCAGAGCCUGAACUGCCUCGACGCCCGAUUGGCCCCCGGUGCCGCCAAUCGCACGCUGCUGGCCCUGCUAUUGGCUCCCCUCAGCGUGCGGCCAAUCACGCGGCUCAAACGCCUCCUACUGUCCGCUCCAGGCCCCGCCCCUCCGCGCCCGCCUGCCCUCAACGGCCUAUUGGACAGCCUGGGGGAGGGGCUAGCGGAGGGUGGAGGGGCCUCCACCACGGUGCUGCAGCUGCCUGGCUCCUGGUUGGACGAGCAGGCGUUGAGGCGUGUCCUGUCGCGGGGAUGCCCCGCCUACCUGAGCCUGGCCCGCGGAGGCCCCUCCCCCUGUCUCCCAGACUACAACCUUCGACCCCUGCGGAGCCUCAACCUGAGCGGGUGUGGCCAGGAGCUGGAUUCUGAUUGGCUGCGGGCGCUCUGUGAGUCCAGCCCGCUGCUGCGGCACCUCAACCUGUCGGGGAUGCACUACCAUCACCAUGGCGACGGGGGCGCGAGGGCGGAGACGCACCCCUGCAGCUCCCUGGCCAAGCUUCCGCACCUGCUGUCGCUAGCGCUGUCUGUGUGCGCCGUCGCCGAGGGCAACGGAACCUCGCCGUCGCCCCCGGAGACCAGCCCCCUGCUGGGCCUCCGCAAAGCGCGCCGCGUCGGCGUGGAGACAUACCGGCCGGGGUCGGAGGUCACGGAGGGCGUGUCCUGUCUGCGACGCCUCCUGAUGGGCUGCUCACGCCUGCAGCAGCUGGAGCUAGCGGGGGCAGAGUUUGUGUCGGCCACGCCCCGUUACGAGGCGCCCAUCCGCAAGCAGGCGGCCGGGUGUGCGUGCGCGUGCAGCGUGGGCGAGGUCGCCGUGGCAACGCUGGCGCUGAGGCCGUCGCUGCGCUCGCUCACGCUGGCGGCGAUGCCCGGCCUGCAGACGGGCGCCAGCCUGUGCCAACUCACCCAGUGCUGCGCCAACCUCCGCAACCUCUCCCUCGCCAACCUGGGCACCACACACUCCGUCUGCUACACACACACCCUGCUGCAGGCUCUGCCGCACUGCCAGCACCUACGAGACCUACGGGUGGAGCAGCCCUACUUUAACGCUAACGCGGCGUUCUUCGAGGCGUUGGGAGAGUGUCGCUCUCUGCAGCGGCUCUGCAUCGUGUCCCGCAAUGGAACCUUCAGCCCCGUCGCCGUGACUACCUUCAUGCAGCGCUCCACUGAGGUCAUCAUGUGUCACCUGUUCAUGGGUGGGACCCUGGUGGCCUGCAGAACUCUCCAGAAGAGCCUGAUGGACAGUCUCUCCAGCUCCAGGCCGGCUCUGAGCGUGGUGGUGUUUCCUCUCCUCCAUGAAGAUCUGCCGCAGGUGGUCCGAGAGAUUCCGCUCACACACCUGGACCAGGUGACCCUCUACAAGAGUCGCGUUGCCCAGCAACCGGCAUCCUAAUGGUCGCCCGGCAACCAGAGAGGGGGAGAGAUGGACCUGGCUCCUAAUGGAUGGAAAGGGAGAGACAUCCAGACAGACAGACAGACAGGCAGAUAGACACAGACAGACAGACAGACAGACACAGACAGACAGAUAGACGCAGACCAUCUACAUCAUCAGUCGAUCAUCAUCCACCACCAGUCACGUCUCAGACUGCUGACAUGCUGCCUGUGUCUGCCCGGGUCCUUCCUAGAUUUAGCCAAUCAGAGAAGAGGGUGCGGAAGGCUGAGCCAAUCAGAGGAGACCUUGUUGGACAUUCUGUGUGUAGUAGUCCUGAGUGUGUGAGCAUGUGUGUUUGUUUGCUACAGUGUGUACUAAAUAAAACCACGGCAUUA